UUGUUUCAGACCAGACAAGAUAAAGAUGAAACUUUCCUUUUGGCUCUUUCUCCGAAUGGGCCACCUCAUUUUGAGGCUGAAAACUACAAGAAAGCUAAAUUUUCCCAAAUUAGACAAGAUUUAACAAAGAAACUUUUCAAUAUAUACUGUAGACGGUGUUUUGAUGACAAGGUAAAUGAUUGGAAUAAACGAUUGAGAUCGACUGCAGGUCGAUGUCGCUGCCAAUCAAACGGCAAUGCAAAAGUUGAGCUUUCAAUUAAAGUUUGUGAUACUCCAGAAAGAUUGCGUGACACAUUAUUGCAUGAAAUGUGCCAUGCUGCAGUUUGGGUUAUCGAUAAUAUUCGUAAAGGUGGGCAUGGUCCAGCAUGGAAAUAUUGGGUGAAUCGGUGUCAAAAAGUAUUUCCCUCCUUGCCGCUUAUCAAACGAUGCCAUACCUAUAAAAUUAAUGCUAAAUAUCUAUAUAUAUGUAAUGGAUGUGGCAUCAAACGACAUUCUAAAUCACUUGAUAUCAGUCAUAAAAUUUGUGGUAUUUGCAAUGGACGCUUUACUCUACACAGACAUGAUGGAAAAAAACCAUCUGAUAAAGCAACAAGUGCUUUUGCGCAGUUCGUAAAAGAAAAAUACAAAGAAGAACGCAAACCAGGUGUAAAACACGCUGAAACUAUGAAAAUAUUGUCGCAGCGUUUCAAACAGGUGAACUUUUUGUAUCUUGAAAAGAUGUGA